AUGAACUCCAAGGGUAAGGGUGCCACCACAAAGGUUGACUACAAAGGAACUAGUCGUCCGCGUCCUCCAAGGGACGAAAACCAAAAGCCCCCGUUGAGCGAUAACAAGAAAAAAGUGCCUGUAGGACGAAAGACGGCAGAAGUGCAGUCCCAGCGAACACCUGCAGCUAACGGCCCCUUGGUGCAACAGAAGACACAGGCGGUUACGACUACCAGUUGGGUGAAGGGAGGUAGUUCACUUUCUUUUGCUGAUAUCGUGAGAAAGAAGGCCGAGAAUGUGGUUCCUACUCCUCCCGUGGAACACUCUGAAGAACCUGCCACAGUGCACGUGGAAGAAGAAGUUGUUGUAGACGUAACACAAGAGGUUCAAGAAGAAGAACCUAUAAAUGUUCAACCUCUAAACGGUGAAAAUGAAGAUGAUAUACCUUACGAUGCCAUGCAGCAGGAUUCUGCCAUUGAGGCCGCUAUUCCAGCUCCCCAAGUAAAGGUACUUGAGGAUGUUCCUGCUAUUAAGUACUACGUACUCGAAAUCGAUCGAAUUAUGGAGGAAUCUGUAUUACUUCCAUCGCGUGCCACUACAAUUGCUGAUGAACACUCAGGUACCUAUAUUUUCUCUGGUCAGUCUGGUAAGCCCCCUACUCCUCCUGUCGCUCAGGUUCAGCAGCAGUUUUAUCGUCCUGAAACGACGACCGUUCGGCCUUUUGCUGGGAUGGGUACGAUAUCUGAUAUAAACCGAGGUUCUCACUGGAAUGCACAACCAGGCCAUUCAGUUGAUUACUCAAAUGUUAAUUGGGCUCUGCAAGAUCGUAGCCAGAGACCUUUUCAUCAGCCCAUGCAGUACAAUUCCUACCCAGCACCGGUGCAGCAACAAACACAGAGAAAUUUUAUUCCUCCGCCUGUCAACAGAACACGACAGAAUGAAGUGUCAGAUGCCUCUCUUCGUGCCUUUCGGGAUGCUGGGGCAUUCAAUCGGCACCCAGGUAAUGGAGGAGGUGUUUGGUAA